ACCAUUUCGAAGGAAUUUUUCAUGGAACUUGGAAUGUAUGAUCCCGAUUAUAGCAUUUGGGGAGGAGAAGACGUUGAGUGAGUUUAAAUAUUUUAUGUACACAUUUUUGUCAAUGAUGUUCUACCUAUCAAACGUAAUAGAUUAAGUUUGAAGGUAUGGCUUUGUGGCGGAGAAGUUGAGAUUGUUCCUUGUUCACGUUUAGCUCAUGUAUAUAGGAAACACAAGUACACGAAUCCUGGUAAGGGAUAUAGAUGGAACACUAAUCGUAUGGCUGAAAUCUGGCUUGAUGACUAUAAAAGAUAUUAUUAUCGUGCUACAAAUUCUACUCCACGUUUCGGUGACGUUUCAAAACGAAUUGAAAUUAAAGAAAGGAAUAAAUGCAAACCAUUCAAAUGGUUUCUGGAGAAUGUUUACAAUAUCCCUAUACCUGACGAAAUUAAGGAUCCUUCAACAUAAAUAAUUAGUAUUCUUAAAUUCUAAAUUUGUGUUGUUUAAUUUAUUCAUGUUCAUUUGAAAAUUAUACGCAAAUUAAUGUUGACUAAUUGUCUUGUUCACAACUUUUUCCUCUUUAUAUUUUACCUUUAAGUAUUUACUGUUCACU